AUAAACUUGACACUUGACAGUUCUCUCUUGUGAAGUUUGUUUACUAUAUAAGAGUACUUUUUAAAUAAUUCCGUUUUCUGAAACUAAAAGAAACUUAAAAAAAUAAUUUGUUGAGUUUAAAGAUGGACACCGAGGUAGAUUUAGUGUCUAAAUUGCCUACAAAUAGUCUAAUAAAUCCGACAGGGUUCGACGUUACAAUGAGUGCUUUACUCAUUGGUUUAGGUGCAGAAAAGUAUAUUGAUAAUUUUAGGAAGCAUAACAUAGGGCAAUGCACAUUAAUGGAAUUGUCCGAUGAAGACUUGGUUAAGUUGGGGGUAGAUGAUUCUGUCAUAAGAGCAAAACUAAUUGAAGAAGUCAAAAAUUUACCUAUUUAUGAAGAAACUGAUCACAUAAAUUCGAAUACAAAUUUAGAUAUUUUAGAAAUAAUAAAUAUAUUGGAAGAAAGCUCACAACAUUUGUAUAGAAUCUAUUUAAGUAUGAUGACAAACACACUGACUCUAAAAAAGAAAAAGACAGAAGACUGUUUGUUUCAUAAAGAUAAAUAUGGAUCAAGCAUUGCUUUGUCUACUUUAAGUGAAAUGACAAAUAUAUUAAAUUCAAUGGAUAUUGCUUUACACACGAAAAUAAAGGUAGUAUCCAACAAUUCACAACACAGGAAAACAAAGAAAAUUGUAGUUGGAACACUUGGCAGUAUAUUAAUUGGAUUGUUAUCUCUUUUCUUUAUUAAAUCUAUAAAACAAUUAUAGAAAAGAUACCACGAACAAAUUGAACAAAUCAGAUUUGAGCACAAUGUUUAUGACAACAUACCAAUAUAUAUUCAUUAAAAUUAUCACUUCAGUUCCUCAUCUAAUAUCUAUCCACCAGUUCCAAAAAUACAAUACUAUAUAUAUAUAACAUGAAAAUAACAAUAAAGCCGUACUAAUAUGAAACAGUAUCUGGACACUUUUAGGAUGUGAGAUCCUCAAAAGUUAUCAAUAGUUUUCAAUUUUUUUUUUAUUAUUAUUUAAAAUAUAUAUGUUUAACAAAAUAAAAAAUUUGGAACCAAC